GUCCCACAGCCAUAAACCUCAAAUGGGAAAUAUCUAAAACCCUUCAUAGACAUAAACUUGGUUUUACUGCCUAACCAAACUACAGCCCACAGGCCUACAAUAAUAUGAAAAAUACCAGAAUGCCCCCAACCGAACCUCUACCUUCCAGAAACCCCUACCAUCGUCUUCCUCAUUUGCUCCGUCAAAGACCAGAAGGGAGAAACCACUAUAGUAGCAUCCAUUAGCAAGAUCGGGGGAUAAAAUGCAAGCCCAAACUGAAUAAAUGUGUACCUCCAGUACUUGAUAAAAAUUCGCCAGCCUCCACCUUCCAAAUCCCCAGUCGCCGCUUAUCUUUCUUCAAGCUUCCACCCUCGCAAGCCCUCAUCGCCGGUUAUCUAGCGUGAACGAAAAGAAAGAAGGAUUUUAAUUGCAAAAGAAUGUUGCAUUUUUAGUUGUAGCGGUGAUUGUUUUCUGGCAUGUUUAACUGCUUCAGCUGCUAUAAGAAAACAGAAGGGUUAAAGAGGAGAGUGAUGACCACGAAGCUGCUGAAAUGGCGAAAUCCAUCGAUUUCUUUAGAUCUUAUUAAUCGCAGCGGCAUCGUUUUCAAUCUGAGGUUCCUACACGAUGGACCAGACACAGUAGAGGAAUUAUUAGAUAGACAUGUGGUGAAGAAAGAAAAAUCGCUAGAUGACGAAGAAGAAGAGUUGUUAAACCGACGGCGACUCACCAGCACCCGGCGAGAGGCACUGCAACUGUACAGAGAUAUACUGCGGGCGACGCGGUUCUUUAUGUGGCCUGAUUCAGGAGGUGUGUUGUGGAGAGAUAUUUUGAGAGAGAAUGCUAGGAAGGAGUUUGAGGAGGCACGGUUUGAGAAGGAUCCAGAAGUUGUGACUCGACUGAUAAUCGGCGGUAGAGAAGCAGUGGAGUCGGCUAUUGAGAAACUUGUUGAGAAGCAGCGGCAGCAGAUUGAGAAGGAACGCGGCGGCAACGACAACAGAGAUCGUCAUUGAUUCAUUAAUUUUUUCUUUUCACAAUAACAGAGAUCAGUUUAAGCAUAUGAACAUUGAUAUGGAGAAAGCAAUGAAGGUGUCUGCUACACAGCCAGGGAGCUCAGAUAGGUCUUAACUCAAAUAGCUCAGGUCCCGUAUCUCAAGUGAGGAAGCUGCUUUUUCGCAAAAUGCUGGUUGGCAUUAAAGAUGGGCGUUUUUUUCUUGGGUAUUUUCCAUUGCAUUGACAAGCAAGGAAACAUCCUUCUCCAAGCUGCAGUUGAGUAUCGAAGCGCACGACUCCUCCAAUGGAACAGUGGUGCCUCGGCCUUAUUCUUAUCCCCGCUUCUUGCAGAACCAAGCAAGUUCUUUGUUCUGCAAUUCUCUGCUUGGUGCAAUGUAAUUCACCAUCUCCUGGUUACAUCUCUGUCGCUUGAAUAGAAUAAG